AAUAAACUGUUGUUUAUUGUUUUCUUUCAUCGAACUUUUUGGAUGAGAUAUAAUUUGAUAUUUCUUGAAAAGGGUUCUUUUCAUGAGGUUAAAAUUUAAAUGAGAUGGGAAGCACGUUCGUCCCGACACCAAUCUUCUCCUUCCAUUGCUGCAUCUUGCCGCCACACAUAAUAUGCUUUCGCAUAAUAUCUUUUUAGGAAUCUCAUGUUUUGAAACUUUCCCUCUUCUUCUUCUUUUCCCUUAGCUGGCAAUCUGCUUUUUCUUUUGUCUAAUUUGAUUAUUGUUUUUAUUAAUUCAAUACAAAGGAAUAAACACGUUUCCCUCUCAAAUAUCAGAUGAUUCUGUGUAUCAUUUUAAUAUGUGCACUUCCAUUUAAUUUCAUUUCAUUUUAUUCCAUGGUUGUUAUGUUGUGUGUGUGUGUGUGUGUGUGUGUGUGUGGGAGUAAUUCAAGACACGUGUUGUUAUUUUAGAUGAUUGGGCCCGAUCUGGAUUAUCUUGUAAUGGGCCGGCGUUAUUGGACUUGGGCUUAUAUAAUGAUUACGGCUUACGGAUCCAAACAUAUGAGUUAAGGCCCAAUUAAGACGCGCGAAGUUUGUCCGCGACUGAGACUCGGUGAGAGAGGAGAACCCUUCUGGGUUUUGGAUAAGCAAUGAAUAACACGAAUUUCGUCUCUAAUCCUAUGCUUGCUUUGCCAUUACUACCUUCUUCAUCUCAGUUGUUGUUUUCGAAUAACGCAAUUGAUUUCAAUCAUAGGGUCUCCAUUGUUGUAAAACCCACUUUUCAGGGUUCGUGUAGAUGGAGAAUCCGAGCCACUGCAGAAAACGGAGCUUCAUCGGCGUCGACUUCGCAGAUCGAUAUGGUGAGGAACAGGGAGGGGAUUUUCACCGCCAAACAAAGCAAGGUUGUUGUCCUUUGGGACCUUGAUAACAAACCCCCUCGUGGGCCUCCGUACGAGGCGGCUAUGGCGCUGAAACGAGUGGCGCAACGCUUCGGCCAAGUGGUCGACAUGUCGGCUUACGCUAAUCGCCAUGCCUUUAUCCAUUUGCCGCAGUGGGUUGUUGAAGAACGCCGCGAGCGUCGGCAAUUGGACAUUCUUGAGCGCAAAGGGUUGUUCACGCCGUCCGAAUCAUACGUCUGCGGGGUUUGCGGUCGGAAGUGCAAAACAAACCUAGACCUUAAGAAGCAUUUCAAGCAACUUCACGAACGGGAGCGCCAGAAGAAAUUGAAUAGAAUGAGGUCUCUCAAGGGCAAGAAGCGACAGCGUUAUACGGAAAGGUUCGUAUCUGGAAAUCACAAGUACAAUGAAGCAGCGAGGUCUUUGAUUACUCCUAAAAUUGGAUAUGGGUUGGCCUCAGAAUUGAGACGUGCUGGGGUUUUUGUGAAAACAGUAGAGGAUAAGCCUCAGGCAGCUGAUUGGGCUUUGAAGAAACAGAUGCAACACUCGAUGAGUCGUGGUAUUGAUUGGAUGUUUCUUGUUUCUGAUGAUUCGGAUUUCUCGGAGAUGUUAAGGAAGGCUAAGGAAGCUAAUUUGGGAACUGUGGUGGUGGGAGAUCGUGAUAGGGCAUUGGGUAGGCACGCAGAUUUAUGGGUUCCAUGGAUGGGGGUUGAAAAUGGGGAUGUUACAGAGGAGGAUUUGGUGCCCAGAAGAUGGAGGAUGAGGAGAAGUGACAAGGAAGUGGAUGAAGGUGAUGAUGGCUUUUCAGUUUCUAGUUUCUAUGGAGACAUUGAGGCUGGUAGCGAUUUGGAGAGUGUAGUGGAAGAGCUUGCUUCCGCAAGUACAGAGUUCAAUGGGUUAAGAAUUUCUGCAUUUUCAGAGGGGGAAGAUGAAGAAGAAGAUGAUGAUUGGGUUGAAGAGGAUGUUGCACCUGACUAUCUGCUAGUGAUGAGUGACGAGGAAGAUGGGUAUUUCUGAUAUGUCAGCAUGAUGAUCAGACAUUUCAUUUGUACAUUGAAUUUUUUUUACCGAAGUUCAUUCAUCGUGAAGGAUCUUUAUUUUAUUGGAUGAAGUUCAUGAUGUCCUGAUUGCUCGCUUAAAACAUGCGUAAGAAGAUUGGCAUCUCCAAAGAUAUGUGCGGUGUCAUGUAUUCAUUGUCCAACACCCCAGUCUUCCAAUAUCAGCUGGGUGAUUACAUGGCUUCCACAUUUGAAGGUUCAGAUUUUCCAUUACCAACAUUUACCCCUUUUUUUCAAUAUUUAUCUAAUAAUGUAAAAUACAUGGACAUCCUCUCUUUGUCCAAGAUGCAUGAUUUGAUAUUUGAUCUGAUCUUCCAUCUAAAUAUAAAAGUUAUAUGUGCUUCCUGUUAAACUGGGGGCCGCUGCAUAUGCUCCAAAAA